AUGAGCGAAAAAAUAAAAUUAUACGGGUUUGAAAAAUCUGGACAUGUUCACAGAGUCCGACUUCUACUAUCAUUUUUAAAAAUCCCAUAUAAUUGGGUUAUUAUUCAAGAAUCAGAGGUGAAUUCGGAAGAAAUAAAACGAUUGAAUCCAUGGAAACAGGUUCCUAUUCUUGCUGAUGGGGACACCGUUGUAUCAGACAGCAAUGCUAUUAUGGUAUACUUGGUGAAAAAGUAUGGAGACGAAGACUUUUGGUUCUUAAAAGAUCCAGUGGAAUCUUCCUGGGUACAAAGAUGGUUUUCUUACGCUGCUGGUGAAUUACGUUAUGGCCCAUCAGUUGCUCGAAAGAUUCAUAUACAUAAGACGAGUGAUGACUUAGAGGCUGCUAAAAAAAUAGCAGCUAUACUAUUUGAAUUCAUGAAUGGUUAUUUAGAAGGAAAGGAAUAUUUAGUUGGUAAACAUAUUACUCUCGCGGACUUUGCUAUGUAUUCUUACACAGCUCAUGCUCCGGAAGGUUCUAUUUCUUUACAACCAUAUCCUAAUAUAGUGGCAUGGUUGAAACGCAUAGAGAACCUUCCUGAUUACGUCCCUCUCAAAUGGACUUUCCCAGAGAAGAAAGAUUACUAG